AUGAGUCAUGAUAUUGUUGUUAUAGCUGAGGCACAUUUGAAAGACACUAUUGAGGAGAAAGACAUAGCUUUGGAAGGGUUCCGUAUUUUCUGGGUGGAGAGGUCAAAAGAAGCCCUGAGGGCCGAUUAUGGGGGCGUCGUGCUGUAUGUAGGGGAGUCACUCACACGGGGUAUUACGGUAGUGCACAAGGACAACCAGCUGCCAGGGUGCGAGGUCAUUUGGGCAAGCAUUAGCCUUUCUACAGGUAGUAGUCUCCUGAUGGGAGCCUGCUACCUCGCACCAGAGACAUCCAGGGUCUACCCGGAUGGUGGAGGCACUGUAUCACAGCGCACUGUAGCAGCAGAAGCCGUUUUUACCAGGAUACAACAGUCAUUAACGGAAGUCAGGCUUGGCGAUGAGGACGUACUGAUAGCCGGGGACCUUAACGCACGUCUGUCUGGAGCACAGUAUGAGUGGAACCGUGCUACCCCCAUGGACCUACCCACUUACGUGAACGACAUCCCGGAUUUAGAGCAGUCACAGGCCGUAUGCGAGGUCAUGGGUUCAUGGAAGGACUGA